AUGUCGUCAAAGGCAGCUUCAAUCUUGGCGACUACGGUUUACACAAUAUGGUGCAUUCAAUGGGGCUUCAUGACAGCAACCUAUUGCAUCUGGGAAGAACUCAGCAUCCCGAACCCUUUCUACGCCGUCUUGACCACGGUUUUGGCUCUGCCUAUACCCCUAUCAUUCUGGCUUUUUCUCCUUUAUACCACAGCCUCUCGCUUUCCUAGUAUGGACCGUCAUACCAGAAAAUUCAACAAGUUCUUCUAUGAGACUCGCGACUGGGCUAUGAUUCUUCCCAUCUUCAGCAUUCUUUGGUUUAUAUGUACUUUGUGGUGGGGUCUCUUGUUUGUCAUGGACCAGUUUAGCCACGGCACUUUGAGCAAGUGUAUUGAGUUCCUCUACCUUCUUCUCAACGUUGUUGGAACAGCCCUUGUUGUUGUAGGCAUGAUAGUCUAUACUGCACUGCCUAUUUGGGUUGUUGUUACUGGGUUCGGGGCGUUCAGACGGGUGUGGAACUUGAAGAGCCCCGGGGAGGAGGAAGCGACGAGAUUGACGGCCAAAGACGGCGAUGAGGAAUGGAACGACUUCCAGGACGAUCGUGGUAACUAA